UGCAGGAUUUAAGGAAGUCAAUAGCAGCUGUCUUUUAUCAUUCAAAAAUAGUACGAAAUAUUAUUUGCUCUCAUAAAGAAGCAAAGGAUAUUUUUCAUUUCAAUUUAAAUCUAGUUCAAGCCAGCCCAUCAUACACGUCACUGUUCUUUGGGAUUACUGCCGUUUUACUGUCGCUGAAGGAUGGUUUUGUCAUCAUCACAGCAAGUCGUGGUCGCAUUUACGGUUGUGCUAUUUGCUUUUGUAGUUUUACCAAGAAUGUUCGGCGUUGGAACAACUGGAUCGAAAGAUAAAGCGUUUGAUCCAAGAUACAACAGAAAAGCUGGCCCAGGUCCCGGGCCAGGAGCCGUGAGAGGACAGCCCGUGAGCAUGAAGACCCCCCCUGGCUCCAAAGCUCAGACACUCGAGAAUAUGCAACAGAUGAAGAUGAUGAUGGAGCAAGAGAUGAAGAGCGACAAGUACAAACCUAACAGCAACAAGGGCUAUGUGUUCACACUGAUGCCUCUGUAUGCUAUUGGAGUGGGCUUGUUUGCAGCUUACAAGUUUCUAAAGAUCAAGUCUGCAGAUGACACCAAUAUCCAGAAAAACAAGGUUGCCAAAGGAGCCAAGAAAUCAGAGGAGACAGAGAGCCAGCUUACUGAACUGGAGCAACGACUGGCCCAAACCGAGAAGAUGCUCAACUCUAUCCUCACCCAGCUGGACCCACUGACAAACUGUGUGAAGUCUGUGGCACAGGAGCAGAAGAACGAGAUCAUGUCUCAGCUCCAGACCAUACGCCACCUGAUGAAGAAGAGAGGCAUGGACUGUCCUCCUCUGAACAUCGAAGAACCUUCCUGCGAGAAGAACCUGGACGACCUGAUAGAAUCACUGGCAGCCCAUGAAUCCUUACCUGAGGAGCACACCUCGGUGACCAAGCCACAAGAUGGCGCAGGAGAGGAGAGGGCGGGGGAGCCUCCCCUCCAUCCACAACCCUCAGUGCUGGAGACGGAGGAGACAGAUGCCCAUGGAGAGGCGGAACGCCAGCUGGAAAAGCUUGAGGGAGAGGAGGAGGAAGAGGUGGCAGAGGGAGAUGAGGAGAACAUGGACGAUAGGGAGCUCAUGCCAUCUUUAGAGUGUUCCUCUGACAACAACAUUGAGGACUUGGGGCCUGUUCAGAACAUUGCAGAAGAACCGUCUGGUCUCAGACGGCGCAACAGACCAGAAUGAACGAUCCAUACAUCUUUCAAACCGUACACAAGUUCAGCAAAUGAUUUAUAUUCUUUUAAAUAGCACUACAGUCAUUUAUCAGGGUUGCUUUUUCAUUGAAAAAAAAUCACGAGCAAAACAGCUAGUUAAAACUUAUGUGUCAUGACAAUGUGUGUGCUGGUGUAUCAUUGCCCUGUAUGUAUGCAUUUAAUAGCUUUGUACAUCUAAACUUUACCCUAGCUAUGACAAUUGCCAGUGAAUUUCAGGUCUUAGGUUUUUGUGCUUCACCCGACCUCUGACCUUCUUCUAAAGCUUUCUCGUUAGUGAACACCUGUCAGCGUGGCUUCACCUGUGCUGCUGGUUCUCUGUUUCAUUGACUCAUGGUUUACGGAUGUUCUGUGAGUUCAUAGGACUCUGUUGUCCUUCAAAGCUAAUGCAACUCCAAAACCUGACUGCUACAUGUUAUGCAGAUUUGCACGCCAUAGAAUAGUCCACGCUACUUAAAACACGACAGCCUCAGUAGACAGAAUCUAGUCGAGUAGUUAGUCUUGUGGCAUGUGUUAUGUGGUUUCCAAUAUCUUAUGCAUGUUUCUGUUUUCCUACCAAAAUAGUUUUGUGGUAGGAUGUAUGUUCUAGUGAUGAAUGUGUUCAGAUUGUUUUAGAGGGAAACGAGUGACAAUCAGGAUAGGCUCAUGAAUUUGAUGCUUGAAAUGGCUUGUAAAUGUUUGUUUUUGGUACUUCUUUGUUUGAAAGAAUCCAGUUUAAACAGAAAACAUAAGAUUUAUACACAUUGUAGCGUCACGAGAAGAGCUGACUAGGGCAGGCAAGAGUGAGGCAUUGCAACGGGGUGGGAAGGACCACGCAAAAACAGGUUCCACAAAAAGAGGGCACCAACUUCUCCCUGGUGCAAACUAGCCAGCCAUGUGCCCUUUGUCUCUCUGGUCUCUUCCCCUGCUCUUUCCCCUCCCCCCCUUUUCUAGUUAACUAAAUUAGUUAACUUAAUUAGGUGGUUCACACAUCUACACCUGUUCACUUGGUGAGGGAUUCUGGGAGAUGUAGUGUGGGCCAUUGCCACCACUUUGGGGUGUUGCCACCUCUCUGGUCCAGGGAUGUAACAUCCCUCCACUACCUGUCCCCUGGUGAUGUCACAACAUCCAUUGAUGUGUGGUGUAAAUUUUCCUGGACUGCAAAUACUGUUUCAUAUUUACAGUAUAUUUUUAUAAAAAGUCCUCUGAUGAAGUCUUCAGGUUGAGAUAGUCUCAUUGUGAGAUUUUCGAUUGUGCAUCACAGUUAGCCCUGAGGCUAGCGCAAGUGAGGAAAAACUGUGAAGUGUUUGUAAUAUUGAAGGAUUCAUGUUAAGCAAUCAAUAACCAAUAAUAUACUUCCAGAUUUCAAUCUUAACCUUACAAAAAAGUACAUGAGCUGAUAUUAAAAAUGUCAACACAUAGUUGUUUUUUAAAUUGUGGUCUGCUUAACAUCCUUUGAAAUAAUUUAUUUUGUGUACCUGUUUCCUGUGUAUUCAUGCUGUGUGAUGAAUACUGUGCGUUGAGGGGAAACUGAAGCGAAGGAGCACAUGUUCCAUGCCUUACUAGAAAAUAAAGUUGUGAUGUGUG